AUGAAGAAGACUCUUUCCUAUUUGGGGUUACUGCUGCUGGGCCUUCAUUUCCUUACAGCCAGCGGGCAGCUGGAACCAAAAAAAGAAACCGCCCCUGAUCCCCUUGCUGCGACACAAAGACGUGGGCUAGUCGAGCGGGAUGUGCAGGGUCCAGUGAGGCCCAACAUCACCAUGCCACACCGUCAAAUGCCCCCGAUGUGCAGUGGGUCCACAGAAAUCCGCGACACUUUCAAAUACAUCAACACAGUUGUGUCCUGCCUGGUGUUUGUAGUGGGCAUCAUCGGAAACUCGACACUUUUGAGAAUCAUCUAUAAGAAUAAAUGCAUGCGGAAUGGGCCAAACAUACUCAUCGCCAGCCUGGCUCUUGGAGACCUACUGCACAUCAUCAUUGGCAUCCCCAUAAAUGUUUACAAGCUUCUGGCAGAGGAUUGGCCUUUUGGUGUGGCUCUAUGCAAGUUGGUGCCAUUUAUCCAGAAAGCCUCAGUGGGGAUCACAGUGCUGAGCCUAUGUGCACUAAGUAUUGACAGAUAUCGGGCGGUGACUUCAUGGAGCAGAAUCAAAGGGAUUGGUGUUCCAAAGUGGAUGGCUAUCGAAAUUGCACUCAUCUGGAUAUUAUCUAUUAUCCUGGCUGUACCAGAGGCAAUCGCUUUUGACAUGUUCACCAUGGACUACAAAGGAGAAAAGCUGAGGAUCUGUUUGUUGCUCCCCAAGCAGAAAACAGAUAUUAUGAGGUUUUAUAAAUCCGUGAAGGACUGGUGGCUGUUCAGUGCAUAUUUCUGUCUGCCAUUGGCCUGCACUGCCAUUUUCUACACCCUGAUGACCUGUGAGAUGCUGAGGAAAAAGAACGGAGUUCAAAUUGCCCUUAGUGAUCACCUUAAACAGCGUAGGGAGGUUGCAAAGACUGUGUUCUGUCUGGUUCUGGUCUUCGCUCUAUGCUGGCUCCCUCUCCACCUCAGUCGUAUCCUAAAACGCACCAUCUAUGAUGAGAAAGAUCCAAACCGUUGUGAAUUGCUCAGUUUCUUUUUAGUCCUAGGCCACAUCGGCAUCAAUAUGGCAUCGGUCAACUCUUGCAUCAACCCCAUUGCCCUCUACAUGGUCAGCAAACGAUUUAAAAAUUGCUUCAGGUCCUGCCUGUGCUGCUGGUGCCUACCAGCGGAGAUGCUAAUAAUGGAUGAGAAACAGUCGUGCAUGAAGCUGAAGGUCACAGAAAGAGCAUCUGACCAAAGCAACUCACGCAUUACCAACAAGUCUACUACAGCCUGA